AAAUUGAACAGCAGCCAAAGUCCAGGGGUUGUUCUGCGCAUGCGUACAGUCCGAGUAGGAGAGAAGCUAAACAUUGGUAGUCAACAUGUCUACCGCUGCUGCUCAACAAAACAAUAACGGAGAGCCGGGACUGCAAGUUUCUUGGGUAGAACUGGAAAUCAAUGGCAACACAGAGGCACAACCCCCUCCUUCAGUAGCCCCCGCCCCUGAGCCACUGAAUGGGAACGCCGGGGAGUCCGUCAUGGGGGUGCUUCCGGAAGAGCUGGAGGAGAGCUUGGUAGGAGGCUUGGAGCAUGUGCCCUCCUCCUCCUCCAUCCACAAUGGAGACAUGGAGAAGAUACUACUGGAUGCACAGCAUGAGUCGAGCCAGAGCAGCUCCUCCUGUAACAGUCCGCACAGGCCGCCCAGCCCGGACCACGACCAGGACGAGGGUCAGAUCACCUUCGAUGUGGACAUGUCCAGCACAAGGGGAAGCCAGUCUGAGGAGGAGGAGGAGGAGGCGGACGCAGAGAAGGAUAGGGAGGAAGAUAUCCUGAUGAACACGGGUGACGACUGGGUGAAUGACUGGUCGAGUAGACCUGAAAACAUCCCUCCAAAGGAGUUUCACUUCAAGCAUCCUCGGCGUUCAGGCUCCCUCAGUAUGAGGAAGAGCGGCGUGAUGAAGAAAGGGGGCGUGUUCUCCGUGGAAUUUCUCAAAGUCUUCAUCCCUUCCCUGCUCCUCUCACACAUCAUCGCUAUCGGCCUUGGGGUCUAUAUCGGGAAGAGAAUCGCCACAUCGCCGUCAAGCUCUUACUGAGUAAAAGCGAAAGCAGUGCCUGGAUGUUGAAGAAAUCCCACAGUCUACGAAUCGUUUAAACAUCCUCUUCUGAUGUUCUUUGUAUCCUGUCUUGGUCAACCUUUAGUGUGCUCCUGUAGUGCUCUGCCUACACACAUUGAGUUGUGACUGCUUCUAGGUUUAGUAGGAUAAAUCACAUUGUGUAGUUCCACUGUCUCAAACUUUUAUAUAGGGCAGAAUGCUAUAAGGAGGUGAAAUCCCUCCGAAACCGAAUCAAUAUUAUUGUUUUCUUGCGCUGAGCUAAAAAACUAAAAUAGUGAUUAUUUGAUGAUGGAGGUCAAUAAAGGGGCAUGGAAUUUCUACAGAUUUUGUCAAUGAUUUUGACAAAAAUAUUUGUAAUUAUGUAUUCCUGAGUCAAUGUUUUGCACGAGUUCAGCUGCAUCUAACUUGCUGUUUUGGAACAAUGUAAAUGUGUGAUAUUAAUGAAUAAAUAAGAUGCGAAAAUAAGUUUGACAGACCAUUUGAAAGGCCAUUCAACCUUUUGCAGCAUACAUCUAUUGCAUUAACCCAUAAUAUAAUAUGUUUGGGUGCCAAAUAGGUAUAUCACCUCUGCACAUCGGUGAUAGACUUUGAAAUUGUCUUACAUGUUAAAGUAUUGAAGUAGAUGUGAAAGUAAUUAAAGCUGUGAUCUUUUCAAUUUAAUACACACCUUGUGACUUAACUUAUAUGAAUUGUUUAGCUUAUAAAUUGUUGCAGUUUGAGUUAUAAUUAACUUUUCUCUUCUAUGUAUAGUUUAACAAAUGUUUGCUAAUUGCUAAACCGGUCUUGAAGGGGUGUUUUUUUCUGUGCUAAAAAAAAGAGUUGUAAUCGGAUAGAAUUACCAUUCCUUUGAUAUUACACAAAUUAAAUGUCUUGUUUUUGUAUGUUAUAAAUUAGAGAAAAGGGUUGGAAAACCAAAAGCUUUUUUUCUUUAAUCACAGCUUUUGUAAAUCGUAGCCAUGCAAAUGUAUUCACUUAUAAUUGCAGGUACGGAAGAGAAGGACUAAUCACAAACUAAUAAUUUGCAUGUCUCUUUAUAAUAGACACUAGCUUGUUUUUGUUCAACAUUUAACCUUUUCUUUAGGCAUGUCAUGUUAGUAGCCUUAUUUUACAUAGAGUCCAAGCACAUUGUCAUAUGGAGGGCAGGGCCCUCACAAAGGUCAUCUAUUAUUCUAGCAGUGACAGAAAUAGAUGGCUGACGAUGAGAGAUGUGUUACAAUUGUACAUAUAUUGUGGUCAUAACAAAAUUACAAAACAAAAAUAAAAGUCUUAUUCCUC